CGGCAUGAAUGGAUGGCGGUGUCACGUCACUAAAGUCACAUCGAAGCCUAUCCGCAUAUCCUGUCACGAGCCGCCAGCUGGCCAACUGACUGACGAACCGCACCAAAGGCAGAGUGGAUCGAGGAUGGGACCCUGUGCGGUGCUUGUAGCGACAAAUAAUUCCUUGUGCCAGCUCCAUUAACAUGCCACCUUCUCACCUACGUGUAUCUUUAACGUUGCGGGACGUUCUUUUUACUUGUACCUUCGGCAUAGGUACCACAGUGAAAAGUGAAGGGAGGGCGCGAUGAUGGUCAUCAGCCUGUUAUCUCCUUGCCAUGGUGUCCCUUCCCAAAAGAUGGUCGCUGUCUAAGCCCAAGAGUCGUCACCGGGGUCCUCGUUAUCACCGAGGCCUCCUGAGGACUAAUUCGGAAGGAGACGAACAACAGGCUUUUAUUUUCGCCGACGGAGACGACGUCGCUUCCGAUGAAGUCGGCUCUUGGGAUGAUGCGACAGAACUCAGACUUCGUGGAGGUCAGAACGGUUCCAAAGACACCGGCGACAGAAACAAAUUUGCGGCUCGAAAGGCUCCGCCUUCGGCAGUGUUUGAGCACCGUAUUGUUGAAGGCGAAACACUGCAAGGCAUUGCACUCCGUUACGGGUGCACGGUUGGUGCCUUGCGACACUUUAACAACCUUCUUAGUGACCAGGACUUCUUUGCCCUCACUGUGAUCAAAGUCCCUGAUCGCAUCCACAUUGCAACGGGACAACUUGUUGACACAAAUGUGCCUGCCGAUGACACCAUCUCUGUGGCCAGUGAUGGUGCAGAGUCGCCGCCGGACAAAGCGAUCCGCUAUUGGAAGAACCUUGACCAUAAAGUGCAAGCAGCCUUGCAAGAGCGAGGUGCGGGAGAUGACGGCAUCCAGAUUGACGAAGUUGAGGACAGCUCCAUCGACCGUCAUGUCUCGCGUCCACAGCCCGAUUCGUCGAGUGGUGCAGACUGUGGCAUAGGAUGGUGCGGGAUAAUUGCUAUUGUUGUCAUUGUUGCAGUGCUCGUGCCAUCUUUCUAUGUUCUGUACAUACUCGUCUACCAAAAGGAAAUUCAUGAUGGAGCUGUGCAGUUGAGAAAGUGAGUGAACUGCAGCGUGGGAGUCGCCAAGGCUGCCUAGUGCAGAAAAUGCAUUUGUGAUGGUUUUCUUGCUCAAGGUGGAGUGACCUGUUGCAUACAGCUUUGCACUGUUGUUGCUGGUAGGGGUAUUCACUGCUUUUACUUUUCUGUUCUCACUCAUUCGCACAACAAGCUGCAUAUGUGGCUAUUUUACUUACCCAUUGGUAUGGAUCAUUGAUAUGAAUAAUGAGUUCGUGAGAGCUUUCUUUUUUUACACACACUGUUUAUUUAAGGCUUUUUUACAAGUAAUGUUCAUACAGUAUGUAAACAAUUGAUAAUGUCCGAAUUACAGGAUGCCAUACACAUACAUAUAUAUAUUUUUUUCUUUUUUCACACAAAGCCUUGAUGUGGUAAAGCCUCGCAAAAGUGAUGAAUGUGCCUUUUUCUUUGAUGUUGGGAAAGCAGCUUAUUGAUAAGCAGGCUUACCACAGGGUGUGCAUUCGUAGUGAGGAUUUUUGUACUUUGAAGGUUGCUGAAUGAAGCCAUUUUAAGAAACGUAGCAUGUAGGCUUUACAAGACGAAACGGCUAUGUGUAGAAUACAUAGUUUUUGCUGAAGUUUUUGAAAUGCCAUUAGUUGCAUAAUCUGUACAGAGAAAGAGCUUAAAUACAUAGGAAGAGAUAGGCCUAUUUUAAAUGGUAAUAAAUAAAAGAAGGCAGUUAUUUCUUUCACCUGCUGAAGUGUGUUGUUUUGUGGAUAUCAUUUUGCAAGCUACUCAUUGUAGCAUUUGUUUGUCUUCCAUCGAAAUGCCUCCAGGGGCGCACCAGCUGUAACAUUAUUUUUUGACAAAGCUGGUUACCUAGUUGAAACUCUUGUGCUCCGUAUAAACACAUCUGAGCGUUUUGUGGCGUUUCUGCCAUGUUGGAGGUGCAUUCAAGUUCGAAGGUCUGCUAUAAAGGGUCUGUUUAAGUAAAAAUGUCCAGAAAAGCUGGAACUGCUACCACUUCUCAGCAUAGUCGCUUUGAAUGAUGUGCAUUAUUCACGGUAAUGUUGUCAUAGAUGCGUGAAAGUGUAUGAAGCCUCUUUAGUGCUCUGUUCUGUCUGCUGAAAUAUUCCUGGUGCAAAAUGGUACCAGAGUUCAGCGUGUUGGUCAUAUUGACAAGGAAAAGCAGCAUAACUAAUGGGACAAAGGUGAACAAGCACCUUCUGUUGAUAUAUCCUUUACUUUGUGACAUUUUUCACUGUUUUUAUUGCAGUGAUGCAAGAGUGAAAUGGCCUGCACUUGUCAUCACUGAUAGCAUCCUUCUUUGCUGAAAAACCCAAAACUUGCUGUAGGUGAAGUUAAAUUAACAGUGUGUGUGAGGAUAUCAUAUUAGGAUAUUGUUAUUUUCAAAUGGAAUUGACAGUCCUGUCAAUGCCCUGUCACAGGUAGAGUGAUUCAAUUUGCUUAGAAGCUCAUCAAUAAUUUUAAAUAACCAAUAAAUGAGGUACCAAAACGGGUA